AACAAAUUUAAUAAAAUUUUCUCCAUUUCCUGUCACAAUUUCAAGUAAAUCGAUAUGUGUUCUCAUUAAAAACACAAAACUCCGCACAAAAUAUCGUGAAAACAGUUAAGUUUUCCUCAAUUCGGUGAAUGGAAAUAGUAACACCACAUCGAUUGUCAAGCAGAAAAAUUGUGAAAUGGAAUCGACCGAAAGCAGUAGCGGUCAGUGUGGUGACCAAGUCGACGUGAAGCCAAAGCUUGAAAUCAAAGAGGAACCAGAUGAUGGCAUUGGACUCGUGAUUUCAUCUUCAUCUCGACACAUUGAUUCGAUGGUGCCUGAAGAUCAUAACGAAGUCUACGAUUUCUCGUGUUUGGAUUUGGUGAAAGAAGAAAUUGAUACGAAGGUUGGAAUCCAAUCGAUGGCGAAAGAAGGUACAGCGAAUGAACAACGUUCAGGAAGCUGCGACAAAGCACCGAGCGACAAAGAUUUCCCAAUUGAUUCGGCUUCAAAGCCAACGAAAGGAUUGAAGAACAAAAAACGACGAGACCAUGUUUCUGUACCACAGAAUACAUCCAAACAACACAAGUGUGAAACUUGUGGUUAUGUCGCCAAAUGCAAAUCAAACUUGACCGUUCAUUUACGGAAGCACACCGGCCAUAUGGAUGCAAUCACUGUGACAAACGAUUCCAGAUAAAACGGCAUCUUCAAAGCCAUAUGAAAGUUCAUGUCGCGGAAUUUUUAUUUCAUUGUCGUGGCUGUCUGAAAGGAUUCGACGCAAAAGACGAGAAGAAGGAGAAAAGAAUUGCAAAAUAAAGCGUUACGAAUGCCACAUCUGCGAAGAUUCAUUUGGAUCACAAAAAACAAGUUUGACAGUGCACAUGCGUGUGCACAAUGGCGUGCAGCCAUGGGAAUGCAAAGAAUGUUUCAAGAAAUUCAAUCAAAACAGCAAUCUUCGACGUACGACGUGGAACAGACCCACACCAACCAUGCUCAAAACGGCCUGAUUCGGGUUCUCUGACCUCAGAAACUCCCAGAAAACAUGUUUUUGAGGUUUCGUAAGUUUCUUGGUGGAUCACAUGUACAAGCACACCGGCGAAUAUCCAUCAUGUGAAUUAUGCCGAAAAACAUUUGCCACAAAAUCAAACCUCCAAAGGCACAAAAGACGCAUUCAUUCCAAACACAUUUAAAUGAACUACAACUCUUUGUUGCAAAUGGAAUUUAACCACAUUCAUUGCCGA